UUCUCACCUCAUCUGUAUACACCUUGUUGUUUACACAUGCGGCGAUAUACCGCAAAACAAAAAAGCACGUUGUUUUGUCACCACAAUCAAUAGGAUUCCUUGCCAAAUAUCUCCGUUUUCUUGUUCACAAAAUGGGACGAAAGGAUAAAAACAAAAAGAAAGGUAAAGGAGCCGAAAAAACGUCCAUGAAAACGGACAAAAAGCUCGUCGCUAAGCAGAAGAAGCUGCUUGCCAAACUUGGGGAAGAAGACAUCGAAAACAUUGUUGCCAAAUACGAAACGAAGGAUACAAAAUCGUCCGAUCUGACCGAAAUCGUCUGUCCGCCACCGACGGCUCGUGUUAACGUUGGCAUCUGUGCACAUCCGGGCGAUCGGGAGGAAAUAUUCAUCCAUGGUGGUGAGUUUUUUAACGGUCAACAGACCGUUAUCUAUGGUGACUUUUACGCGUACAACGUGGCAAAGAAUGAGUGGAAAACGCUCAAAUCAUCCAUCUGUCCGGCACCGCGCAGUGGUCACCAGAUGGUAUCGGUCGCAACGGAUGGUGGACAGCUAUGGUUGUUUGGGGGUGAAUAUGCAUCACCUUCUCAACUUCAGUUCUAUCACUUUCGCGACCUGUGGGUGUACCGAAUGGUGAAGAAACAGUGGGAAAAGAUAAACGCUCCGAAUGGUCCCAGCGCACGUAGCGGCCAUAGAAUGGUGGUCACACGCAAGAAACUGUUCGUGUUCGGUGGCUUUCACGAUAAUAACGCGUCCUAUCGGUACUUUAACGAUCUGUAUGCAUUCUCGCUGGAAAAUUAUACCUGGACAAAGAUUGAAGCUGCCGGGACGGCACCACCACCCCGGUCCGGUUGCUGCAUGGUAGCGAACACGGAUGGCAAAAUUCUCAUCUGGGGCGGUUACUCCAAAACCAACGUGAAGAAGGAAAUCGAUCGUGGCACAACGCACACGGAUAUGUUCGCACUGGUGGCAGAUAAGCAGGACGCAAAGGGUCAGCAAAGCUACAAAUGGACCAGUGUGAAGGCAAGCGGUAAAAAGCCAGCUCCACGCAGUGGCAUGGCGGUGGCAAUUGCACCGAACGGUAAGGCGUACGCAUUCGGUGGCGUCAUGGAUACGGAAGAGGAUGAAGAGGACGUUAGGGGAUUGUUUAGCAGUGAGUUGCAUGCACUCGAUACCGGUGCUUGUACCUGGCGUAAGAUAGAACUGGCGGCAAAAGCACGAAAAAGUGCCCAGCCGAAGCCGGCUGAUGUGGACAUGAAUGAGGAAGAAAAACAAUCGAUCGAAUCGAAGAAAAUCGUAUCGGAUGAUGGUGUUUUCACCAUGACCGUUGGUGGCAGUAGUGGAGGAACACCGAAAGGAACCAGCAAGGAGGAAGCGAGUGAUAGUGGUACACUGGAUCUUGGAGGACCAUCGCCGAGAAUGAAUGCGGCCACCGUUGUGUGUAAGGGACAGCUGUACGUGUACGGUGGACUAUUUGAAUCUGGCUCAAGACAGUUCACGUUAAGCGAUCUGCAUUCCUUAGAUCUUCAUAAGGUGGAUGUGUGGAAAACGUUGAUUGCAAACAGCUUAAACUCAAGCGAAUGGCUUGGUUCCGAUAGUGAAGGAGACUCUUCCGAUGAUGACGAUGAGGACGAUGAUGACGACGACGAUGAUGAUGAUGACGAUGACGACGAUAGUUCGGAAGAUGAUUCUUCUGGCAUGGAAACGGAAUGAAAGAACCAUUGUACUGUACUGAGUUUAAGCAUAUAUUAACUACACUCGCACACAAUACUCGUAUCAAAUGGCAUCCAUUCCCGUAAGCCUUUAAAAACAAUCAUAAUAAGCCGUAUGCUUAUUCAAUCAAGAUUAGGAAAAUCUUUAUUUGUUACUUUACGCGAGAAAAGUUACUGCAAGCCUUACCUCUUCCUUUCGCUUAAAUCUUACGAGUGUGUGUGACUUUCGGUAGAUAAAAUGUGUUAUUACUACUUAAUGUGCAGCAGAUA